AUGUGACAUGACAAAUGUCACAGCAGCACACAUUAGUUGAAGAUCACUUGACGAGUUUCUUUGUGUUGUGGCGCCCUACCCUCCUGCUUUCAUCUGAACCACUGGGUUAUAGAGAUCAUUAGUAACCUGAAGCUCUGUGACUUUCAAUUCAGACAAACUCCAGCAAGCUGGACAUCAUGGAAGAUGGUAAUGAUUCUUCAGAGGGAGAUUAUUGGUGGCAAGACGCCUUCAAAGAAUACACUUCGGAGUACCCGUGGGAAAACUAUUCCCAUUACCAAGACAACUGUUGUGAGGGGGGUGACAUUUGUGACCUGAAUGAAGUUUGGAAAUUUGAAGCGCUGUUCAUGCCCAUUGUUUGCUCGCUGACAUUUGCUGUGGGAAUCCCGGGAAAUGGUCUCCUGGUUAGCAUUCUCUUCGGGAGAAAGAGGACUUGGAGUGUGGCAGACAUCUUCAUCCUUCACCUGGGUAUUGCAGAUUUCCUGCUGAUGAUGACCCUGCCCCUCUGGGCUGCCCAGUAUGCUGAUGAAUGGAAAUUUGGUCUUCUAACCUGCAAAAUGGCUGGAAGUCUUUAUACGGUCAACUUCUACAGUGGGAUCUUUCUCUUGGCCUGCAUUAGUCUGGACCGCUACUUCUCAGUUGUCCAUGCUACCCAGAUGUACUCUCGCAGAAAGCCCUGGGUUGUUCAUGUCAGCUGUUUGGUGGUGUGGCUUUUCUCUUUGCUUCUCUCCAUUCCUGAUUGGAUCUUUUUGGAUGUUGUGCAAGAUAGACUGGAAAGACAACAGUGUUUUCGUAACUAUAGUCUUCAAGACAUGGAUGACUGGAUUGUGACAUCUCGAUCAAUCUUUCACACAGUAGGUUUUUUGAUUCCCUCAGUUGUCCUGAUCUUCUGCUACGCCAGCAUCUUCCACAGGCUGCGCUCUGGGAACCAAAAUCUCCAAAAGCAGAGAGCUUGUAAAGUCAUAAUGGCUGUUGUGGCGGUUUUCUUUGUCUGCUGGACCCCCUUUAACAUCAGCCUGUUUGUUGAAACAAUUCAUCGCAGAAAUCAAAAUAACACCUGUCAAAGUAAUGCAGCACUGAGUAAAGCACUCAAAGUGACCCAGUCUUUUGGAUACAUCCAUUGCAGCCUCAAUCCCAUCCUGUACGCCUUCUUGGGGGUGAAGUUUCGUCGCCAGCUGCAGGACAUCUUUAGAUCUCUGGGCUGCAAGGUGAAGAUGCGCACAAAACUCCACUCUAUCAGCAGCAGGAGAACUACCAUGUGGUCUGAGUCAGCAGACACUUCCAACUCCAUUGCAAUCUAAGAAAGACAGAGACUUCAGCAAAUCAAGCUUCAAACUGACAGGAAGGCAGAGACAGCACAUGCACUUCCUUCACAUACAUUUCCUUUUGCAGUGAGCAUUUCAGUUAUAGAGCAAACCUGCAACAACUGGAUAAAAUAUCUAUUGUGAAAGGAUGAUAGAUUUAAAACAACUUUGGUUCCAGCAGGAGGAUGUUUUUUAAUCUGCACGCAAUGUUCUCAGUUUGCAUUCUUGUGCGUGAAGUUAAUAGGUAUUAAAAGUGAAUAUUUGCUUGUAUACUGAACUUUGUGCAGUUUUACAUCUGUUUAAGCUCUUUAGUACUACUCUUUUGCUUUCUAGCACAAAUGUACAUAAAGUUGCUAAAAUAUUUUUGUUUUUUAACUUGUAAACUGUGUAGAAGGCGUUUGUGGCUUUGGCAGCUUUACUGAAUAACUGACAUCCUGUUCUAUGUGAAACUGUGCAUUUCUGAGAUCCGUGGGAGCAAAACGAAUUAACUUUUAGCAAAAAUUGAAAAAAUAAUAACUGAUUUAUGUGGUGGCGUUUAAACCAUAAAACCGUUCCUUGGCAGUUACCUUGAAGAAUUUCUUCAAGAAGCCUUGUAAACAAAAAAAAGCAUAUGACAGCUUUUCCUUUGUGUAUGUGAUUGGUAUUAAGGAUGUAUUGCUAAAUAAGGUUUUCAAAUAUGUAUUCCAACAUCUUGAUUAUUUCCAGACAAUAGCAAGGAUAUCAAAGGUGUAUGUGCACAGAUUUGUCUUUACAGUUAUGAUUAUAAUCAUUGUUCUCCUUGAAUGUUUUACAUGAUCAUUUUAUCUUGGUGCAUUAUUAUUUUAGUGUGAAACAAGACCUCAAAUGUCAACAUUUGUAUUAAGUUGGUUCAAAAACUAUUGAUAUAUGCUUUCAAACUGUUAAAAGACAGAAAUAUAGAAUGAUGUGGUCACUUCUUGUUAAAUAUGAAAUAUACAUAGUACAACAUUUAAAAGAUAAAAAUUGUUAAGAAAUGUGAUGUGAGAUUAACUAAUUUUUGUAGGAAGAUGAGAAUUUUAAUAAGCUGUUUUUUUUAUCUAAACACUGUGACUGAUGGAUUUUAUACAUGAUUUAUUUUUAAAACCUCCUCUCAAGUUUCCCUGUGAACAUGAAACAGACACAACCAGUUUGGAAAAUGGAUGGAUGGGUUUGAAAUUUCCUUUAAUAUGUUGUUUCCUUUUAACAUUUGUGAAUAUAAAUGAAUAAAAAAAAGAAUUUGUUUGAA